AUUCAAAAUUAAAUAAAAUAUUAUUUUAUUGAAACAAUUGAUUUGUUUUAGAAAAUAAACAAAAAUGAAAUUUUUAGUAUUUGGUGUCCUUUUCUUCACUGCUCUCUACGCAUCGGAAGCGAUGACAAUAAGAGAGUCAAACGACGACCCGAUAAAAGAGCACCUCUUGAAGGAAGUGUCAGACAUUUUAGACGAGACGAAGAAAGCGAUCGACACUUUGGCGAAGACAGGGAAAGAGGCGCUCAGAAAUGGGUUGACUAAAGCCAUUGCAAUCGCCAAAGAGUUGGACACAAAAGUGAAAGCAUUGAAACCCGAG